GUGACUUAGUGUUGGGCGUGCGGUGAGGCUGGCUGGUGCUGGUGCCCACUCGUGCUCUUGUGCCCCACUGGCUGCCCGAGACCUCCACCGCCGCCCUCUCUGAAAACUUAAAAUCAAACCUUGUGUAUACCCAGCAUCUAUCCCCGUGUAUGUGUGUAUACUAUCAUAUUAGUGACCCGAGGUUAGAAAAAUCUUAUAAGUGACAAAUUGUGAAUAACAGUGAAGAUUACUCAAGUGUUGUGGUGAUGUGACGUGAAAUAAGUGGAGAGAAAAAGGUUGACGUUAGUACAGUGUAUACCUCCAGGAGUCCCUAUGUGGUAGUGUUGAGGGCCGAGGAUCCCUGCUGAGGUGUAGAGGCAGGAGAUGGGGAGUAGGCGGGAACACAGCGGCUCCGUGGCGGGUCCUCAGCGCCACGCCCACGCCAAGAUGGACCACGAGCGUCGGAACCACGAGCUGCUGAAACGCCUCGCCUCGGAUACCUCCACGGCUAAGACGGCCAAGAGUGUGUUGGGCGUCUCUAUGUCCAAGUCCCUGACGGCGGAGCUGGAGAAGGGGCUGCAGGAAGAGUCGCCAGGUCAGGACCCUCGUGGUAGGACACGGGGACGGAAGAAGAGUGAUAUAGACGGGGCCCUCAAGUCUUUUCAGCGGCAGACCUCCAGCUCAGCCUUGAAGAUGAACCAUGUCGUCGGGGACAACAUGCUGGAGGCGAGUCCCGUCAAAGGUAAGAGAGACCGCAGUCCUGUUAAAAACACCAGAAGGCGAGACUCUAGUCCCACGAAAACUUUGAAUACUGGUAACAAGAACGACAAGAGAGGGAGCCUUCAGGCCUCUGAGAACACCAGACGCCCACAUGUUUUUGAGCGACUCUCAAAGGUGGACUCGAACAAAAGCGUGGGCCGGGCGGACCAUCCAGUCAGUAACAAGACUAGUGACCGCAGUACUAUGAAGAGCGGCAGGAGGAGCCCCCAGGAGAAGAAUAACAGCGGUGAUAAGCAUCAGAGCGGCCGUAAAAUGGGUGUUAGCGAUGCCUCGGUGAAACCCACACACCGGCGAAAGAGAGACAUCAGCCCGGUGAAGAACGGUGAGGUUAUCAGGAGGGACACACCCACCCGCCCCUCCAUCAUCAGCGGCGGUGGUCACAGACAGGAGAGUAACGAGGACGACAAGGAUGAUAAAGAUUCCUCCACGGAGAAACAGGAGCAGGAAAACAUCCCGGAAACUGUAGACAAGGACCGCGACGACCCCGUGUGUCGGGGUGGUGGGGACCUCUCACCCAUGACGCCUUCUACAGAGUCGCCGCCAGGUCCUGCCACCCCCACACUUACGCCUUGCCAGGAGCGUGUUGGCAGAAUGACGGGCUCCCCAGGACCUCCAGUGCAGGAGAGGUACAAACAGGCAGGAACCCUCACACCGGAGUCGCAUCCUCCUUACUGCAAGAUGGACGGUCGAACUACAGGCCAGAACACCUCCCCCCAGGCAGCGACCUACACCCCCACCAGGAGAGCAUCUCAGCAGCUGACGACAGGUAGCGCUGGCAACCAGAAAGGUGAUAAAAUUUGUGAGACUCGUAAUUCAUCCACCAGUAGAGCAGGGAAGUGUAAGGAAGAUCGUAAGAUGAUUCAAAAAUCGCCAAACAAAGCACCUACGAAAAUUGAACCGAUAAAAAAGACCGUCAAGCAGGAGGUGAGGAAGAGUGGCAGCCCUCAAGGGUCACUUCAGCCGCCGUCUACUAUGGCUGACACGCCCAAGAUAAGAAAUGAAACGAGACUCGUGACUGUACCAUCAACGUCCGAGGUCAUUCAGAAAGUUAGGGAUCGGGUUAAUGAAGGUAGACCCCAGGAGAAGGCGACCGUAGACGACGACGACAAAGACGUGUGUGAGGCAGAUAAACUCGAGGACGAGGGCGAGUUCUACAAGAUCAGUGUACAGACGCGGCUGGUGACCUACAACAACAGCACACUCGUCAUCAAGAACACGUCAAAGAGUGAGGGUGUGGGCGAGAAUGCAGGGAACAGUGACACUGAGACUGACUCAUCAGGCUCACUGCCCGACCUUACCACCACCUUGCAAACCUCAUCAGCUGAAGCAGCAGCUGUGGGCGUCACGGAGGCUGACGUUGAAGAUGACAUCCCCCACACCCACGCCCUCCCACAUCCGACGGAGGCCCACCAGGAGGGGGGCGGUGCUGGUGAGUUUACCAGGACUCGUAGCGUCAGAAAAAAAUUAGCUCAGUUUGUCAACAAGGGAAGGAGUUUCCUGUCCGACGUGUACAGCGCCACACAGAACAAACUGGAACAGUACACAAGAGCAGAUUCUCCCAGCGGCAGCAGCUGGUCCUCGGAGGCUACAGGCGACCACCACCUGGCCCGGGAUGACGCAGACAGCGGCUACUACAGCAUUCCGCCGUCGUUAGUAGAGGUUAAUCCCAUCUGGGUGGAGGAUCAUGUCCAACGGGCUGCUUCAUGGCUCCGAGAUCAUGGGUACUAUAGCGGCCCCGUCACCACCCUGGCGCCCCCUGACGCCUCUGUGUUAUAUAAUGGUCAGGAGAGGACCUUCAUGGCACACUCCAGGAAGAAGGUUGGCGGCGCUGAUUAUAUCACAAGGGAUAGUGAUGUUGGAGGGAAGGAGGAGGAGGAGGAGGAUAAUCAGGAAGAGGAGGGAGAUGUGGGACAGAGUAAAGACACUGAGAGUGCUAAUGUUGUAGUGGACGAAGAGUGGAUCAAAAAGAACAUCUUGUGUACGUGUAAGUGUAGACACAGGACAGCAACAAGUGAUAAACAAGAGACAAGUGACCUAAAUAACACGAUAGAAACACAAGUGCCUUCCCUCACUGAGCCCCAUCCCGUGUGUGUCGCUCCUGACCCCCAAACUAACGCGGAAAAAGUUAGUUGGGGCGAGAAGGACUCCCCUCUGAGAGAGAGCACCUCGAGGGAGAGUGACUUGGCUCAGGGAGAAAGCAGAUGGCAAGAGAGUGGCUUGGAGGAGAAGGUGGAAGAGGAGGAGGAGGAGGAAGACAUGUGCUACUGUUCGUGCCACGAUGAAGAGGGUCGGGCACCUCCCCACCUGCCGCAGGAGGUACAGGAACUGCUAGAUGCUGACCAUGCCAGGAUGUGGUGGACAAUCACGGGCAAUUUCGGCAACAUCCUACCCAUCGACUGGAGCAAGACCUACACCCGCCAGCAGUACCUCCCUGUCCUCAACCUCAAUGAAAUCAAGGAUGUGCCUGGUGAGAUGGCAGAUGAAACUGAUGGAGGGACAGAUGAGAAUGCCGAAGAGGAGGAAGAAGUGGCCCAGGACCUUGACCUACACCACCUGAUCCUCAAUGGCCUCACUGCUGACCCUGUCAAAAGUGCUGAGGAGGUUAUUCAAGAAAUUGAUGAUAUCAUGCAGGAGGGAAGCUCAUCUGAGGAUGAAGGCGGGGAGGAGACUUCAUCAUCAGGAGAAAAUUCACAGGAAUCCACAUCACGACCUUUUCCGGCCCCACUCUUUGCAGAAAAGUUAAAGAAUAUGAGUGUUGCUGAGCUCAAUGAGUCUCUCAUGGAGCUGGAGCUAGUAAUUCGACAGUACUCCGAGACACUCAUCAACCAGUUAGCACUAAGGGAUGAACUGGAAUAUGAGAAGGAACUCAAGAAUUCCUUUAUCUCCCUUCUCCUUCAGGUGCAGAACAAGAGACGGAACUUUAAUGUGGAGAAAAAGAAACAGAAGAAGGUUGGACCAAAUGGCACAGAUCCGAAGUAUCUGACUACAGUCAUUCCCUACGACGUGGGUCAUGGUCCCCCGCACAAUCCAACGCUUCAGAUCCUCAUUAAGAUUUUGAUGGCCAUUAAUGAGGAUAGUCCUACAGUACCAACAUUACUCACUGAUUACAUCUUAAAAGUGUUGUGUCCAUCAUGAGUCUGUGCUGUAUUGAGAACAGCCAGGCACACUGGUGGUUGGCAGCUGGGGGAAGAUCAAUGCUAAUGACCCUUUAGACAGCUGAAGCCGAGACAUUCCGCACACACUCCUAUAUGUAGUCUCAGUCAGAGUUGACUGUACAUACAGUGCAUGUCAUUAUUUUAGGGUGACAUAUAAAUGAACCUUGUCCAUUUGUUUAUAUUUUUAGAUUAUAAAUGAACUUUUAAAUAGUUAAUCAUCAAACUGGAGUGAUUUAAUAAACAGACUAUAUAGGAAUUCCUAUAGCAGCUAGUCAUCUGUGCCAAUGGCCUAAUGUAUUAUGAUAUAAAAAGAUAUUGGAUGGAAAAUGAAAAUGGUUUAAUAACUUAAGAAAUGCAUUUUACUAUACUCUACUUGAAUACCAUUAGGUAAACAGGAAAAUGACUUAACUAGUCACAGCUAAUUAGAUACAUUACCAGAAGGAUGUGUAUGUUACCAUAGUAUUCUGAUGUUCUAUUUCUAUAGCCUUUAUUCUUGUGAAUUUUCUGUGAUUACAUAUCUCAAAAUAUACUACUUAAUUAAGGUACCUUUCAAUAGGAGUCACAAUGUGUAAAUUUAAUCUAAAUGAAAAAAAAAGGAGUAAAAUUUUAAACAGCUUAAUAUUGGAUAACCAAAGAGCCUUUUCCACCUGUAUCUGUUAUUUUCUUUACUGCUGAACUUUCUAAGCAAAAUACUGAUUUAGAAAAAUAAAGUAAGGAUAUUCAAGACAUAACCAUAAUAUCUAACAAAUGCUUUGGAAUCCUUAUGAAAAAAAAUACUCAUUGUCACAAAAUACCCUCCAGAAUUUAAACAUGUAUUCAUUUAAACUUCAAGUCUAUAAUGUUGAGAAUUUGCUAUGCUUGAAGUGCGAAGAUCUGCUGACAGUUGUAUUUCGCUAUUUCCUGAAGCCCAAGUGCAAUUGCUGUAUUAAAUGUAUAUGUGUGUGUGUGAGUGUGUGUGUGGCUUGAACUAUUGUAUAAGUAAGAUAAAUGAAUUGAAAACUUUAGCUGCUGUGACUCAUAAGCUUAGGGUAGGUUUUGCAAGAAUUAUAAAAUCAUGCAAGAAGAAGUUCAACUCUCACUGGCACCUUCAACUAUUCAAUAGCUAUCUACCAUGGACAGACAAGCAGCUUCAGCUAUGCCCUGUUGUAUUCCCCCCAAAAUUCAGGAUAUCUCUUACCAAAAUCUUCAUAGGUAAGAUGUCCCUCAAAUACACAAUUUAUAUUAAUUUAAACAAGAGAAUAAACUUGCUUCAGUACAUACAUACAUUACACAUUAUUUAUCAUCACUAAUCUUCAACCAUUGCCUCCAUGGGUAUGCAGACCAGAAAUUCAUCCUCCUUGUUUCUGGACUUGGAUGAGGGUGGGACCUAUCUCUCCUUAUAGUGCUUUGUUCCAUUGUAAAUGUUAGAUAUGCAUGCACUGCCGUUCAAGGAUUCAAUUAACAAAACUGGAAUAGAAUAAAACAAAAUAUGAAAACUUGAUUGUACUUUUCCAAACAUUUUCAUAUUAAUUGUCACUGCCAUUAUUUGAUAACACAUUAAAGUGGCAUGAAGAGGAAUAUAGCUGGGCAGUUUGAACUUCAUAUUACACAGCUUCUCCACAAAUAUGCCUAAGAUAUAAAUUUCCUUCUAUAUUUAUAAGGAAUCCUGGGCAGUUUUGACCAAGUAGUGGUGUACAUAAUUCUUCAAUGUGUAUUGUAACACUGUCUGUGCUCUGUCUACAGUGCAGUACCAGUACCCAAUAGUUCAUGCAAUUAAUUUACUGUACCCAGGUGUCACUGUGUUAAAACUUUUGUUGAGUAAAUAGUUUUAACCUUUUGUAAACAGGUUCAGUAGUUGUUUUUAUGAUCAUUAAAAAUUACUUUGGCUACCCUAUGGCAUGAAUGAAGAUAAUUUUACCCUAUGGAUCACUACAAAAAGUUUCACUGCUUGUAUGAAUGUUUGCUUGUUAAUAUUGAAUUUUAUUGAUACAGUACAGUACAGUAUAUGUACAGUAUUUCAACUUUUCAUCUGUGAUGCUUAUUUCUGCAUUGUAUAUUAUUUUGAAUCUUUACAAUGUUAUUUUGAUGUCAAAAACCUAUUUAUAAAAUAAAAUCUCUGUUCUUG